AUGCUUACGGUGAUUCCGUUUUGCUUUGAAAGUAUUGAUCAACCAUUUCUAGUAUGCGUCACUAUUCACAAAGCUCGUAAUUUAAUCGUCCUCAAUGAGAACACCUUCGUGCUAGUGUCGUACAACGGAACGUAUCGCCGAACACGUACUUUCCGCAAUUCCGAUUGUCCCUACUUUAAUGAGUUUUUCACCUUUGAAACCAAAACAUCUCUUGAAAAUCUUCUUAAAACUAGUAUAAGUGUGGCAAUAUUCAGCCAAACCUGCUGCUCGAAACGAAACCGUUGCAUUGGAGAAUUUUCCAUAGAUUUGAAAACGAUUUGGGAAAACACUCAUCAUGCAUUUUUGCAAAAGUGGGCCGUGCUGGAAAAUCCUGCAGCCGCAACGGCCAGCCAAGAAAAUGCAGGAUUUCUACAGUUAGAUCUCUCGAUCGUAUCUAGUUCUCAACCGUCCAUACCAGCUGCUUUUCCCGCGAAGGAUACUGACAUAAUUGAAGGUAAUCUUCUUGCACCGUUGGCGGAAAACGAAGGCUUACAACGAGUUAAGUAUUAUAUUAAAAACUUUAGAGGAAUGUUCACUAUUAAAUCCGAUUACAUAAUGGAAGUCUGUUUCGGCGGAAUACAGUCGAGAACUAAAAUAGCACGUAAUUGUACAUUUCAUGAAUGGAAUGAACAACUUGUCUUCAUCGGUACAUUUCCCUCGCUAUCCCAACUGUUUAUUUUUAAUCUUUUAAUUAACGAAUGUUGUUACAAAAGAAGCAUAGCAAAGAUUGAAUUACCAUUCUCUAAGCUAUCGGAGCACAUUGAUGGCGUCUAUAGCCUACCGGCAUUUGGACCAAACUACAUUUAUUUCUACAACGGCCAUCAAGAUUCGAAUUUCGUCGGAAGUUUACUACUGGAAAUUGGUACCGAAAUUUAUCAUAAUCGUUCAGUUGCCCCAAAAUUAGGCAAUGCUUCGCCAAUCAUUGCCCCUCUUAACACGGCUACCUACUGGACGGAGGCAGAAUUUGUUAUCAGAGUGGCUAUUCUCAACGUACUGGUUUUUGAUUCCUCCAAACCUGCCACGGUUAAGAUAUCAUUGAAUUGUCUUGCUAAUAGCUCCAAUUCAACAGAAUUGAAACUCAUCAAAAUGCCAAUAUCGAAAGUUCGUUACGCAAACUUUCAAGAGUUUGAACCGCUAAAACGUCCCGUCCUGGAAGUAACCUUCAAGUGUCCCGACGUUCGCUGGAAGCUAGCACCCUCGAUCGCAUUGUACCGCAUCGGGCAGUUCGGUAAAUAUUUGCUUGAUACGUAUCAGCUUUUUCGAAUUGAAAAUGGUGCGAAAUCGAUUAAUGUCCUCAAGAUAGCCCUCGGUUCCGUGUGCGCAGAUAUUCAUGCAAAACUGUUAGCUGCAAAAGGAAAUUUGUACGCCGAAUCAGACAAGCGACUAACCCACUGGGAUCGAAAGUGGAUGCUGUUUCUUAAUGAACAAAUUGAAUCGCUCAUCACAUGUUUACGUGAAAUUCAAAUAAAAUCCGAAAAGGCGUCAACUGCAGAAGAUGUCCAAUCUAUACACAAUGAGCUGACCGAUCUGAUAACAAUUCUAACAAAAAUCAGCACUGAUAACCAGAAUACAUUUCCAGCAGCGUUCAUUCGCAUACGCCAGGUUCCUGAACGUAGAAGAUGUACCCAUAACUCGGCGGAAGGGUGCACGUUGAAUUGUGGGAAACCACAGUUCAGUGCAAUCUGUCGGAUAAACGUCAUCGAUUAUCUUCUCAUCCCUACGGAGGGUACAGUCGAGAGUGAAACUGGCGUGAAACAUGCCAAAAGAAGUUCAAUAUUAGCGAAGCCAUUCAUGUGUCAACAUUCCUGCGCUCCCGAGUGGUGUGGGUGUGUGUACGCCAAGCUGGAUGUGGCUAUCUGGGCGGGUACGCUUCAGGAAGCCACCGAGUGGGAUAAACAGCAGUCCGGAGGUCAUCAAAAUAGGGACUAUCCGGUACGAAAGCAUUCGCUUCAGUGCCACGAAUCGUCGGUGGCAAUGAAAUGCACUGUCAAUGUGCAUCAAGCAAAAAUUCAAGCCGGAUUCGAUAAGAGUGGUUUGAGUGACCCAAAGCUCACGGUGAUUUUUGAACGCGCAGAAAUGACAACAUCGGUAAUUCCACAAACGCUAUCUCCACUAUGGAAUGAAGUAAUCGAAUUUCGUAACGUUAAAAUGUUGAAAUGUAAUGAUUGGUUUCAAUCUGGCGAGUCAACUCUUAUGUUGCAUUUGCAAGAUGAAGACAAACCCAUGUGUUCGCAGAUAUCGGAUGAAACAAUUGGCAUCGGUUGGUAUAAAUGUACUCCCAAGGCACUAAUCGAAAAAUCUUCGGGUGAUGUCAACGAAACGUCUGGUCACGAUCAUGCCGGUACGAUGUUGUUAUCAGGGAAUCAAUCUUCAUUAUUACUAGAUAGAAAGCAAGGGUCAAAUGGGCAACUUUCUGCAGAGAACCGCAAAACAAAUAAUACGCCUGACCAACGCCCUCCAGAAGUGAGCAAUAAAACAUACCGCACGAAAAUGGAACGCGAUUCCCUGCUUGACCUGUGGAGGGAGUUCAACGUUCGGAAAGACUCGGUGUUACGUUGGGUGGGAGUUUACCAAAACGGACAACGGUUGGCUGCUAUUUUAAUGUCUGCGGAAUUGGAGCAGAUAAAAUUGGACGUUGAAAACGCAGAAUCUGUUAAUCGGAUUCAAGGUAUUCCGAAAGAAAUAUGUCCAAUUACAGAAAAAUAUCACGUUGAAGUUCUGUUUGCUGGUCUAAGACAGUUGGAUAAAAGUAAAACUAACAGCAUUGGAAGAUUUCGCGUUCAACUGAAUUUUGGAGAACUGAAAUUAACAAGUGGAAUUUCGUGUAAAAAAUUCGGUAAAUCAAUAAAUUUUUUAGACAUCUAUGCUAAAGGGAUUCUUAUGCUUCCUAUAAAACACGAAUACUGGCCUCCAAUAAUCAUUCAACAUAUGGACUGCUCCCAAAGCAAUAAAUUAAAUGUGGUCGGCGCAAAUAUCAUUGAAAAUCCGGAAGCAGUAAUGGAAACGGAAGACAGCAAGUCUAUUCAACACUAUCUGCUUCACUCCUCCGGCGGCACGCCAACGCAUGCCAAACGCGAGACGAUUUCUACGGAAACAGAUUUUUUUGGCACGGAAAAUUCUCCCUUGGUUGAAGCAAAACACGCGUCUGUGUUGAGCCACAAAGUUAGGCCGGCUCUGCUCGCUUUUAGAGCAUUUGUUGAAAACAAACUCAAAACCGUGACGAAGGUAGGAAAUCAGGCAAACGCUGUGACUUUUAGACGAGGUUCUACUGAAGCGGAAUAUACCUGGUGGACUAAAUUCUACAAUAGCUGUAGCUCCCAGCCGUGCGAUUAUAAACAUAAAUUGAAGCUUUAUCCCUGCGAACUUGAGAAAGUCCCUGAAUUCGAACAAUUUCAAGACUGGAGCUCGAAAUAUGCAUUGUCAAAGAAAACACAGCAACUUUCGUUGCGGUCUGUGAAACCGUACGCCCAAUUAAAGUGCAAAAUUUGGAUAACGCCAUCCACUAAAGGCUUACCGCCAUCAAAGCAACUAAACCCUCUUUCGAAUUUCAGGCUUCGUUCUAUCCCUGCCUUGGUCACGGUUUCUCAGCUAACCGUAGUUGUCUACAUCGUUCAAGGUUUAAAUCUUCGAUCCCGCGAUAUUUUCAGUCUAUCGGAUGCCUAUGUCACGCUGGAAUAUGGUAAACAAAAAAUAGUUGACCGUCCGAAUUACGUUAAAGAUCGCUCCAAUCCGAUAUUCGGAAGAAGAUUUGUGUUGCAUGGAGAAAUACCCAGGGAUCAAAUCCUAAGAAUAUCAAUCGUUGAUCGAGACACUUGUUCACCGGAUGAUCUUAUUGGGACGACAGAAAUCGAUAUUGAGGACCGCUUUCGGAGUCGACACUGCAUGUGCUUAGGUUUUCCCGAGGAAUACAGCUCUAACGGAUACAACGCAUGGAGACAUCCUUCGAGCCCAAGUGAACUAUUAGAGAAAAUUUGCAAUGAAUGCGGAAUCAUUGCACCUAACUACGUUGGAAAUGUCGUCCAGUUAGCAGGGCAAACCUUCUAUGAUGAAAGCACCAUAUCUGUCAACGAAAGUCUUCGUGAACGAUUAGCACUGACUGCUCUAAAAAACUUUCAACGAAUACCCGUUCUAGGCAGCUUUCUGGUUCCCGAGCAUGUUGAAACCAGAGCCCUGUUUCACUCGGAUCAUCCAGGGAUUGAACAAGGCAAGUUGCAACUUUGGAUCGAGAUCUACCCUACCGGAUGUGUUCCUACCUUGUUGAACAUCACUCCUAAUCCACCGAAAGCAUACGAGUUACGAGUCAUUGUUUGGAACACUGCAGAUGUAAUACUCGAUGAGAAAAAUAUUUUCGGGACUCGGAUGAGCGAUAUCUACGUGAAGUGCUGGUUGCAGUGCGUGGAGGAAUCUCAGCUAACCGACAUACACUACCGGUCGUUGGACGGAACGGGAAACUUCAACUGGCGUAUGAUAUUCCCUCUUAAUUACUCCAGUGCUGAAACCAUGAUGGUAGUGAGGCGAAAGAAAAGUUUUUACGAGCAACUUGAAACCGAAGAGAAAGUUCCUCCCUUACUGACGGUACAGGUAUGGGAUAAUGAUCUGUUUUCGCGUGAUGAUUUCUUGGGCACAUUGAAUUUGAACUUAGCACAUUUACCCCAACCGGCAACGAAACCCAGCAAGUGUAUUCUUCAAACGACAAUGAAGUCCGCCGGCGGCCAAGAUGCUAACCUGUUUCGCGUUGACAAACUUCGUGGCUGGUAUCCGAUUGUGGGCAAAGUAGACAACAAAAUUGUUCAAACGGGUAAAAUCGAACUAGAACUGGAGGUACUGACCGAAGAGGAAGCCAUUUUAAGGCCCGCUGGAAGAGGAAGGAAAUCCCCGCAAAGUUUACCUGCUCCGAGCCGACCGGACGCGUCUUUCAACUGGUAUCGCAACCCACUCAAAUCCUUGCGGGUAAUCGUAUGGCCAACUGUCCGCCGGGCAGUCAUUAUCGGCUCUAUCGUAGCGCUCAUCGUACUCGUCUGCAUCGGAGUAAUUCGCAGCUUUCCCGCCUCCGUAGUCAAUGAAGCUUUCGCUAGAAAGGCUUCCUUGGAGAGAACUGUCCGGACCGGCCAAGCAGAAGAAGAGCAGGAGAGCGCAUGA